AUGUUUGCAGGUCAAUCUGCUCAGCAUCAGAAUAUUAGUCAUGAGAUAAUCGAACAGCGAGCGAAGUUAUGCCGAGAUGCGCUAUUCGUUUCCGAGCCUGAAGUCGACCGUCUGGAACUCGUCACUAAUAAAGGUACCAGGGUCACUGGGACCUGUGAGUGGAUCAAGAACAAUGGAGGGUAUCGAUCUUGGAACCAAGGGGAAACACCUCUGCUCUGGGUCACAGGAGGACCGGGAAAAGGCAAAACCAUGCUCUCAAUCUUUCUGACAGAGGAUCUUGAACAAGAACUAUCAAAAUACAACGCAGGACAACUCGUCUACUAUUUCUGCAUUCACAAAAAGCGGGACAAGGGCACAGAUCUAUUGAGAAGCCUUUUGUAUCAAAUCAUAGACAAACGGCCAGAGCUUGCUAAACACGCCUUCACAUACCUCGAGACGCCUGAGCGAAGAGCUCAUACUUUGUCAUCCUUGCCAUCCCUUUGGAUUAUUCUUCAAAAUAUCAUUGCUGACGCGACACUGGGCGAUCUGUUUUGCAUAGUGGACGGGCUUGAUGAGUGUGAUGAGGACACGCGAAGAUUUCUUAUCCCGAGAUUCGUCGACCAGCUUGAACCUCAAUCCUCACCAAAUCAGCCUGAGAGUCUUUUUAGGCUCAUCAUCGUAAGCCGGGACCUAGAAGGGCUAGAGGGUUGUGAAAAAAUCGAUCUUGACGAAGACCAUGUUAGCAAUGAUGGUGGUGAUAUCGAACUUUUUGUUUGCGAAAAAGUGAAAGAGCUUUUCCAGAGGAAGAAAUUAGACGUUGUUUUCCAGCCAACAGUACGGGAAGCCCUGAUUUCGGGAGCUAAUGGCACGUUUCUAUGGGUAGGCUUUGUCAUCAACGAGCUACUGAAGAUCUGUUCUUCUUAG